AAAGAAGACUUGUGUUCUUGCACGUCCACAGCAAAAAGACUUAUGAUCUACAAUGCCCAGGCCAGGGUUUUGUUUCGGAAAACAUACAUGUAGCUAGCUCCUUGCUGUCAUCGCUUGAAGCGAUUGUGGAUAUGACGCCUAAUCAUUUCGAAUCAGACUUUGGCUGACAUGGAGUCGGAUAGGGAAGAUGCAGCAGUAGCUGCUAGCACUGCGAAGAAGGAAUUGCCCAUAAUUGACCUCAGUUGUGAUGACAAGACGACUGCCACUGCAUUGAGACAGGCCUGUGUUGAGUUCGGCUUUUUCUACAUCGUCAAUCAUGGCAUUACGGAUGAACAGUUUGCUGAACUCUUCGAGCAAGCCAAGUUGUUCUUUGCUCUACCCCUGGAGGAGAAGGAGAAGUGUUCCAUAGACAUCAGUACGAACAUAGGCUACAUCGGGUUUGGUUCGGAGAGAAAUAACCCAGUGAAAGAAAUUCUUGGAAGUACGAAAGAGGGAUAUCACAUCGGUAAAGAGAUGACUGCUGAGCAAGCUGAAGCGUCCGGGGAGAUGCACCGAGCGAAUAAGUGGCCACAAGAAGCUGUGGUGCCUCAUUUCAAGUCAACCAUGAUUGACUAUUUCAAAGCCAUUUGUGCAGUGGGAAUGAAACUGCUUAGAAUAGUGGCAUUAGCACUGGAUAUGGAAGCAGACUAUUUCCACCAGUUCUUCACUAAACACAUAGCAAAGCUACGCAUUCUGCAUUACAACGAGACAUUGUCAAAUCCAGAGGAGGGUCUGUAUGGAGCUGGUGAGCACACGGAUCUUGGUAUGCUGACAUUGCUGAAGACGGAUGAUGUUCCUGGAUUGCAGAUUCAGUGGCCUGAUGGUGAAUGGGUGGAUGUAGCUCCAAUCAAAGGAGCCAUUGUGGUGAACAUUGCGGAUAUGUUAGAACGCUGGACAAACGGCAUGUUCAAGAGUACACUGCAUCGUGUGUUGAACACAACCGGUCGCGAGCGCUACAGUUCUCCGUUUGACUGCAACACCGACGCCACGAUUGAGUGUUUACCAACAUGUUGUAGUAGUGAGAAUCCAGCCAAGUAUGAACCAAUCUUGUCCGGUGAAUACCUCCUGAAGAAAGUCAACGCCAUAUACGCCGACGGGUAGUGUUCUCUCUGUACUACUGAACCUCUCGUGCUUGAAAUUUGAAAUUCGGGCAAAUGCUUGAUUGUUGCAUGUACUCCCUGGGAGUCCCAUUGUGAACGCCUCAGUUGGUGCCCGUCGUGUCUUGAUAGAUCACUCGCCUCUUGCUCGUCCCAUAAACUAAUGAUAUAUUUGCACGGUGACACACAGAGUGCCACAAAGCCAGUCAAAGGCAGCUAAUCCUACUCUCUCCUACUGCCAUGUAUUUCUAAUUUUUUAUCGACAUGAAGUGACUUUCCUUUUCAGGCCAACUGAUCCACGGAAUGUGUAACUAGCUCCUGGUGCUUGAUUUAACAAAUUCAAGUGCCUACAUUGACUACCUUGGGUGUCCAGGAGAUCGUAUCAGGUUUCUUUCCCAAGGGAACUAUAUAAUUUCAUGAUAGGCAACAAGAACAUUUUAGAUGCCUCAUGGCCGAAAAUUUGAUUGAGAAAUUAGUAUUUUGCAGUGAA